CCCCCCGUGUACUGCGACAGCUGCCUGCAGGCCCCCGCCGCGCAGACCUGCCUGACCUGCACCGCCUCCUUCUGCCUGCAGCACCUGCGGCCGCACCAGGACAGCCCCGCCUUCCGCGACCACCAGCUCUGCCCGCCCCUGCGCGACCUCCAGCAGCGCAAGUGCCCGAAGCACAACAAGCUCUUCGAGUUCUUCUGCAGCCAGCACGGCAGCUGCAUCUGCUCCCUCUGCCUCCUCGGGCACAAGCUGUGUCACACCAGCCCCCUGCAGCCGGCCAAAGUCAACGCCGAGUCGGUGCUGAAGAAGAGACUGAUGGAGCUGCACAAUCAGAGUGAGAGAGCUGCUCGAGCGAUGAACACUGUGAAAACAAACCAAAGCCAAGCUGCUGAAAUAGCUUCCAGAAAGAGAGAUUUGAUCAAAAAUGAGUUUUCAGAAAUUAAAGCUUUAAUUGAAGAAAGAGAAAAUCAGACCUUAAAAGUAAUUGCAGAUGAAGAAAAAAGAGUUUGCAGUAAGUUUGAUUAUAUUUAUGGUGUUCUGGGAAGCAAGAAGAAAGAAAUUCAGUCUCUCAGAGAUCAGAUUGAGAUGGCACUGACUGAAGCUGAUGACAUCCUGUUUCUGAAGAGAGCAGCAGCACUGCAACGAAUGUCAACAAAAGAUGCUUUUGUUCCUGUAAUUGAAAUGGACCAAAACUUGAUGCUUUCCACUUACCAGUCUGCUGUUAACCUUAAAGACAUUGUGAAACUUUCUGUGACUCAGGAGAAAAAAGUAGAAGAGGAGAAAAAGAAACCUGUUAAAGUCGCACCAACCCCAGGAACACUAAAUGCUGCAGCUGCUGCUUCAACUAAAGAGCUUCUUGACAGCUUUCUGAAGAAAUCCAGAGAGGAGCUUUUGCAGUAUGCUGCUAACAUCACGCUGGAUUACAACACGGCUCAUAAUAAAGUGAUUGUGUCUGACAGAUACACCAGGAUGUCUGUCUCAGACACCCCCAUGAAUUAUAACGACCACCCUCAGCGCUUCACCGAUUGUUACCAAGUGCUGGGGUUCCAGUGCUUCAAGAGAGGCAUCCACUACUGGGAAGUGGAACUGCAACAGAACAACUUCUGUGGCAUUGGCAUCUGCUACGGCAGCAUGGACCGGCAGGGGCCAGAGAGUCGCCUGGGGAGGAACAGCAGUUCUUGGUGUAUUGAGUGGUUUAAUUCCAAAAUAUCAUCCUGGCAUAAUGAUGUUGAAAAGCGCUUACCCAACGUGAAGGCUACUAAGAUCGGUGUGCUGCUCCACUGCGAGGGAGGGUUUGUGAUUUUCAUGGCUGUUGGGGAGAAGCAUAACUUGAUCUAUAAAUUCAAAGCCCAGUUUACUGAAGCCUUGUACCCUGCCUUCUGGUUGUUUUCCAGUGGCACUGUUCUCUCUCUCUGCCAAGUGUAA